AGCGGCUUUGGUGAUUGGUGUGGGUCAAAGUCUGCAGAGAUGGAGCUGAAGGAGCGGGUCACCGCGGCUCUCAGGAGUUUCUCCGGUAAAGUGGAGCUUUCCCGGUUACCGAUACCAGUGACUCUGCCGAAGGCGUCAGUGCUGAUCCCCCUGCUGCUGCAGGACGGAGAGCUGCGGCUCCUGCUCACCGUGCGCUCUAUACACCUCAGUCAUCACGCUGGUGAAGUGUGUUUUCCAGGGGGAAAGUGUGAGUCUUCAGACAGAGAUGAUGUUCACACAGCGCUGCGAGAGGCAGAAGAGGAGAUCGGUCUUCCAGCGGACGCAGCGCAGGUCAUCGCUACACUCUUCCCCGUCAUCAACAAGGCGGGUCUGCUGAUCACACCAGUGGUGGCCUUCAUCCAGAGCUCCUUCAGGCCCAGCAUCAACACACAGGAGGUCAGUGAGGUGUUCACGCUCCCGCUGGACUUCUUCACGCGAGCGGAUCAUCAUUCGGGAUACCCCGUGCCCAGUGUGUUCGGUCCCACACACAGCUUCAUGUACACGGAUCCUGCUAGCGGUGGCGUGCAUCAGAUCUGGGGUCUGACCGCGGCUCUGGCCAUCACGGUGGCGGCGAUCGCUCUGGAGAAAACGCCGGAGUUCCAGACGGGCUUCGAUCUGGAGGAUCCAGUGUCUACAUUCAGGAGCGCACUGCAGCGCAGGCUGAGCAAGUUAUGAGCAUUUACUGUCGAACAAGCUCAAAGACCACAUUUAAACACGGUUGUGUGGCAGCAGUGUGUGAAUAUACACAUUAAUUAACUCUAUUAUUAGAAUCAGACUUGAUGAAGAAGCACUUUGAUUGACAUUCUCCCUCAUCAGAGCCCCGCCCACUAGUCUCCAUCUCAUUAGCAUAAACAGCAGCCCUGAGUGAGAAGCAGCCGUCUGUCCAUUAGCCAUUAGAGUGUUUGAGCUGCUGAAGAUAAUGUCAGCAUAGACUAAGAGGAUUAUAGAUGUGGAGUUUUAGAUCAACAGAGACAGGAGCGACAUGAAGCACACACACACACCUGACCAGCACUCACAACACACACACACUGACGUCUGUAGCUCCGCCCUCUUCUGAAUCUCAUUUGCAUUUAAAGCGACAGUCACCAAAACGCAACAAUUAGGAUCAAACCCUGAAAUGGGCAGUUUCAGAGAGCUGGAGAACAUUAUCUGUGUGCUAUUCUCAGCUCGCACACACACACACACACACACACACACACACACACACACACACGCACAGUUUUGGUCAUAUUUGACAUGAUUUGCACUGAGCAUCUCUUUAGUAUUUUGUGAUUGGAGUCACUAUUUCAGGAGAAUUUCAUACUUUAAUACAGUAUAAUUGUAUUUCUAUAGUGUUUAAAGGCACAGUGUGUAAUUAUCUCCACUAGAGGGAGCGUAUUCACAACAAACACACAGCUGUGAUCUGAAUGAAACACUAUUGGCUGUUUUGAAAAGGGGAGGAGCUCAUUUAUGCCACGCCCCAUCUUUGUGUAAUUUCGAUAUGUUAUAAGCAGAUGCAAAAAUACCAGUUUUGCUAAUGUUGGCACAUUGUACUUUUCUGUUUUAUUAAUGCCCAUUUCCCUCUCAAAUAAACCUGGAAAAUACAAAUAAAAUGACACAAUUUAAAAGAAAGAAGACAAAUGUCCUUCCUGAUUUAAGAUAUUGUUCAAUAAAAACUUUGUACGUUUAUAUACGUUUAGAGACAGGUGUUGUGUCUGAGAGUGUGUUAGUCAGGUGUGUGUCCUUCUCAAGUGUCUCCUG